UCAUCGAAUUGUUUCAAAACGUGCUUCAUAGGACAGAGGAUUUUAUUGUCCCAGAAGCAACAAGUUAGAAUGAUAUAUAUUUUUUAAGUUCAAUAAUCUGAUGAAAAUACAAAAAACAAUGCACAGAAAGUCCAACUAAGAGUUAGCUUGGAUGGAGAACAUCGAGAGCAAAAUACGAUAUACUUCCAAUUCAUUUCUGCAUGUAGGUGGUUGAAAUCACUAUGGAUUACAAGAAGAACAGUGGAAAAUCGAUGAACAUGUUUCCCCAAAAUAUCCUUUAAUCCUUUGAGAUGGAUCAUGCGCCGCUGGCGCUCAGGGUAAGUUAGGAUAUCCUUGUUCAGCAGGACACGGGUGUGUUCAUCGAUUCUGGGAGCUACCCCAAACCUUAUUAUCCUGAAUUGACAAUGUGUUUUUUAACGAGCCUCUGAUUUCUGAAACAACCCUGCUCAAAUGAUUGCUGAAAGCAAAUCGACUCUCAAGAAUUGCAUCGCAUAAAGUGUUUAUGCUUCAGCAUUGUGCUGAUUUUUCAAUAUCGAAAGUUUUUGAGAGCGCAUUAAGAAAUAAUUGUGUCGAAUGUUCUGUGAAGAGGAAAGAGAAAUUCCGUGUUCUUCAGAAUGGAUAAAGGAAAGAAGGAAUAUAGACAAGUGUUACCAGUUCCUAUGUACCCUCAUGACUACAACAUAUGGUCAGUAUUGAAAAAUUGCAUAGGUAAGGAACUGAGCAAAAUCACGAUGCCUGUAGUCUUCAAUGAACCAUUGAGUUUCCUUCAAAGACUGACUGAAUAUAUGGAGUAUGCACAUCUCCUCAGACUUGCUUCUCAACAGCCAGAUCCAAUAUCCAGAAUGCAGUAUGUUAUUGGAUUUGCUGUGAGCGCUCUAGCGUCCAAUUGGGAAAGGUUAGGAAAACCCUUCAAUCCUCUGCUUGGAGAAACUUACGAGCUGGAAAGAGACGAGUUCAGAAUUAUUUGUGAGCAAGUUAGCCACCAUCCCCCAAUUUCGGCUUUUCACGCUGAACACGAGGAUGACUGGAUUUUCCAUGGUUCGAUCCAUCCAAAGUUGAAAUAUUGGGGUAAAAGUGUGGAAAUUCAACCAAAGGGAAUAGUUACUGUCGAGUUUCCUAAGUUCAACGAAGCAUAUACUUGGAGCAAUGUACAGUGCUAUGUGCAUAACAUCAUCGUUGGAAAACUAUGGAUGGAGCAGUGUGGUGAAAUGGAAAUAAUUAAUCAUACAACAGGACACAGAGCACACCUGACAUUUAAGUCGGCAGGAUCAAACAACAAGGACCUUCAUCGUGUAGAAGGAUAUAUUUGUGAUGAAGACAAACACAAAUUAUAUUUCAUCUAUGGCAAAUGGACAGAAUUCAUCAAAUGCACAGGAUACUCAAAUUAUGAGGAAUAUAUGAAAGAAAAUUCAAAUAAGUCCAAAAGGGAUGACCAGAAGUGUAAGAGUCCAAGCAAUUCCCCAUGUCAAACUUCAAAGAAGGUCCUUCAAAAGCUCAAUAGCCUGAAAGUUAGUCCAUUCAAAUCUAUUUCUCUCCAGGAGGUAAACAUUAAAAACAAUUUUUUUCCAGAAUAUUCAAUAAAAAGUGAUAAUUUACAGAGCGUUGAAGAUUCGAACCUUACCGAUCCCAGUGAAGUACCUAAAAGUGAAUCCUCCUAUUCUUUGGAUAUUCCAAACUCUACAAUGAUUUGGCAGGUUAAGCCUAGACCUCUUCAGAGUGGAGAUUAUUAUCAAUUCACAGAGUUCGCCAUGUCGUUGAAUGAAAUUGAACAAGGAAUGGAUAAAUAUUUAUGCCCUUCUGAUUCACGUCUUAGACCAGACAUAAGAAAACUGGAACAAGGUGAUAUUGAUGGUGCAGCAAUAGAGAAGACGAGGCUUGAAGAAAAACAAAGAAGCGCCAAUAAACAUAGGAAGAACAAAAAAGGAAACGAAUGGACUCCAGGGUGGUUCAGAUACGAAAUCAAUCCCUAUACAAAACAAGAGGACUGGAUAUAUAAUGGGGGAUACUGGAAUAGGCAAUAUAAGGACAACAUUGACAUAUUCUGAAAUGAAGAUUGUGGACAAAUUCGGAACUCACUCAAUAGAAGAUCGUAGAUUAGACAUCUGCUGCAAUUCACGACUUGAAAACAUUAAUUUUUGUGAAAUAUGACCCACACAUGACUUCUAUGGAAUGCAAUAUUUAUGAACUUCGUAUUUUGUGCAAAAUUAGUUACAAAUUCAAGGGUGCCGAACAGGAUUCGCGAUUUCUUUGAGAUUUUGGCAGUUCAACUUUUAGACCCUUUCCGUUACAUACCUAUAAAGUGAGAAAAAUAAUAUUAAAGAACUGUGGAUGCUUUUACCCCUUCUUCAUAUCUAUUUUUUGUAAUGUGGCGACUUAGAUACUUAACGACAUGCUCAGAUGAAAAACAUUUCAUCAUAUAUACGUUUUGCAUAUGCAUCGUACAAAUAUGAAAAAAUCAUAAUCAACUAAACAUUGAUGUGGCCGAUACCUAUUUGAUGAAAAGUCAUAAUUAAUCUAGAAAUUAAAUUAUACGAUUUUCGCUAUGAUUUGUGGUUUAAAAACCUAUUCUAGUGAAAAUCAUUCAAUUUAAUCUAGUUAGUUGUAACUAACCUUUUCCAUUUUUUGAGAUCUUCCUUCUUCUCCGCUCUCAUACUCCAUGCCGAGAUAGAAUUCAACGUCAUUAUUCUGUUUUUAGAAAGAGAUAAAUAAAAAUCCUGAAAUAUAAGAAAUCUAGAUCAAUAUAGAAUAAAUGUUUAGAAGUGACGAAAAUAGUAGAUGAUGUUUGAAUAUUAGCAAAAAACUGCAAGUGUUAGUUUCUUGUGAAAGGAAAGUAAUAAGCUCUGUAUACCAUUAUGAUUUUGUUGAAUUUUAUCAGAAAAAAAAAAUUAUCCUUUCGCAGGUGAAAAUGUGUUUAUGUUCAUUAUCAUAAUAAAUUAUGGCUUAUUACGA